UUGUCGUUGCUCUUCCGUUUCUUCCUGUCCAUUCAGAUACGAGUUUUUACAGCGCUCUUUGGUGAUUUCACAUAAAGAAUUGUGUGUCAAACAAAUGGAUUUUCGUCCAGAAUGAAGUUGAUCAUUUUCUUCACCUGCAUACCUUUGGUUUACUCAGGGAUUCACACCUUCAUCACCACAUACACUGGAAUAAGAGGCCAGACGAUUGCAGGAAUCCCAGAGUUUUUUGCUGUAACUACACUGGAUGAUCAACAGAUCGAUUAUUAUGACAGUAACAUAAAGAAGCUGAUUCCCAGAAAGAACUGGAUGAAGGAUUAUGCAUCUGAAGAACUUUGGACAGAAGACACUAAGAUCAGAGAACGUGUGCAGCAGAUCUACAAACUCAACAUUCGUGUUCUAAUGGAGCGAUUCAAUCAGUCACAUGGUGUUCAUUCAUAUCAGAGGAUGUAUGGAUGUGAGUGGGACGAUGAGACUGAAGACUCACAAGGGUUUGAUCAGUACGGUUAUGAUGGAGAGGAUUUCAUCUUACUGGACCUGAAGGAGCUCAGAUACAUCACACCUGUACCACAGGGAUUACUCACAGUACCGAAGUGGAAUAAUGAGAGAGCACAGCUUGAAUAUCUGAUACAAUACUACAAUUAUGAGUGUGUUUACUGGCUGAAAGAGUUCUUAACAUUAGGGAAAGCAGAUUUAGAGAGAAGAGCUCCUCAGGUGUUUCUGUUACAGAAGGAUCCCUCCUCUCCAGUGAUGUGUCAUGUCACAGGUUUCUACCCAUCAGGAGUCACUAUUACCUGGUUAAAAAAUGGACUGGAUCACUAUGAGGAUGUGUAUUUUGGAGAGACACUUCCAAAUGAGGACGAGACCUUCCAGAAGACAUCUACCCUUGAUGUUACUCCAGACGAGUGGAAUAAUAACCAGUACACUUGUGUUGUGGAGCACCAGGGAAAAACCAUAAAGAGGAUUCUGACUGAGGAUGAGAUCAAGAGCAACAACAGACCUAUACAUUACUUCACAAUAGUGGUGUGUGUGAUGGCAGUAUUCCCAAUCCUGGUUAUUGGUGCUGCAGUCUAUAUUAUUUACAAAUGGUUUCAUCAGCUGUAG